GUGGAGGCAGACAAGAUGAAAGAAGAAGUUGCGACGUCUUUGUACGUCAACUACGAUCCUGAAAUCUCGACAAAUCCGAUAUACAGAAGAGUUCAAGACGCACCGGGCUUCGCCCACACACUUGAAAGGCACAAAGUCGUGAAGCCGUACAUCGAACGAUUCAUCCGAAGUCAGCUCCGAACGAAGAAACGGAUCGAGCUGGAGCUUGCAGUGAGAUACAGGAUCUACCAGAAGGAUUGGCUGAAGCGGAAUCAUCUACCCAAGGUGAAGAAGCAGAGCAAAGAGCUGCACGCGAUCAUGUACCCCGCGGAGCAGGAGGAAGAGGAGAUGCCCCAGCGCAAGACAAGAUCGCGAGACACGGUGAGGAGUGAGGCGGAGUUCCAGGAGCUCUUGGGAGCAAUGGAGCAGGAGCAGAAGAGGCAGAAGGGCCUUGCUAUCAUCCCCCCCAUGCUCGUUACCCCCGAAGAACGGCAGGCCUACGUCUUCAAAAGCACGAAUCUCAUGUCUGUUGACUCUUUCUCGGAGGAGUACAAUCGAGCUUUCAUCAAUACAUGGACAGACGAAGAGAAGCAAAUCUUCUUGGAGAAGCUCGCCGACUUCGCCGGUCGGCCAGACAGGGAGGGGCUAAAGAAGAACUUUUACAAGCUUUCGCACUACCUGCCGAACAAGACGACGCGGGACUGUAUCAAGUACUACUACCUGCAGAAAACGUCCAAGUCGUUCAAGGAUGCGUACAAGAAGCUAGAGGUGAAGUACAAGCGCACGUACAACCUCA